UCGCCCGUCCCCCGGGGUCGGGAGGGUGCACCCGGCUCCAAGGGCGCCGCCUGGGCUCAGUCCCCAUCCGGCCGGCGCGAUGGCGGGGGCCGCGCUGAGGGUCGCGGGGCGGCAGCUGAGCCAGCACCGCGGGGCGGGGGCGCCGGUCCUGCUGAGGCAGCUGUUCGAGCCCAAGAGCUGCACCUACACGUACCUCCUGGGCGACCGAGAGGCCCGCGAGGCCGUGCUGAUCGACCCGGUUCUGGAGACGGCGCCUCGGGACGCCAAGCUGGUCCAGGAGCUGGGGCUGCGGCUGCUGUACGCCGUGAACACCCACUGCCACGCCGACCACGUCACGGGCUCGGGGCUGCUGCGCUCCCUGCUCCCCGGCUGCCGGUCCGUCAUCUCCCGCCGCAGCGGGGCCCAGGCGGACCUGCACGUAGAGGAGGGACAGGCCAUCCGCUUCGGGCGCUUCGCCUUGGAGAUCCGGGCCAGCCCCGGCCACACCCCGGGCUGUGUCACCUUCGUCCUGAAUGAUCACAGCAUGGCCUUCACUGGAGAUGCCCUGCUCAUCCGAGGGUGUGGGCGGACCGACUUCCAGCAAGGCUGUGCUAAGACCUUGUACCGCUCAGUCCACGAAAAGAUCUUCACGCUUCCAGGAGACUGUCUGAUCUACCCUGCCCAUGAUUACCAUGGGCUCACAGUGUCCACUGUGGAGGAGGAGCGGACUUUGAACCCUCGGCUCACCCUCAGCUGUGAGGAGUUUGUCAAGGUCAUGGACAACCUGAACUUGCCCAAGCCUAAGCAGAUAGACGUUGCUGUUCCAGCUAACAUGCGCUGUGGGGUCCAGACCCCCCCUUCCUGACGUUAUCUCUGCCAGGUGCUCACGGCCAUUAAAAAUGCACUAGAUGGGGUGAGGGGAGAGGUGCCAGCCCUGGAGCCUCCCUCUUCCCCUCCCUCACCUGCCCUCAAACUUCUUAAAUAAAAAAAAAAUAAAAAAUAUAUAUAUUUUUGCUGUGAA